AUGCUGCACGGGCCUGCGCCUGGAGACCGCCAGCUGCCACCAUCUUCCUCGUCCCUCGCCCACACCCACCACAUCCGCCCACCUGCGUCUGCCUCUGCCUCUACCUCUACGUCUGCUGCCGCUUCUAUUUCCACCGUCUCUAAACCCAACAAGCACGUCCUCUCUCACGCUCGCUUUGAUCCGACACAUCUCCCGUCCCAGCUGCCUUCAUAUGCUCCCCCGAGCUAUGCGCAUGCCCAGUCCCACGAUCCCAACCUGCUGAGGUUUCCCGACGCCCCGACUACCGAGCUUGCACCCAUCCUUCCCGCCGCCAAACACAAUGAUAACGUCGGUCACAACCUGCCAUCUCUCUCGUCCGUGACAGGUCCUCCGCCUCCGCGGUUCCCUCCCAUCGUCGCCCCAUCUCAACCCAUUGAAGCACAGCAACAUCAACAGCAUCACCAACCGCAACCACAACCAACCACAUCAUCCCUGAAGCGGUCCUCGACGACGACAGUGCUCCUCACCCACUGGCCGAGCCUCAACCCCCUCACGACGUACUACACACCCAGUCAUGCCCAGUCCGCCGAUUCGCCUGCGAGAAUGGACCUCGAUGUAGUUAGCAAUAGCGCCUUGAGCGCAGCAUCCCCAGAUCGUUUUUACGAAGGACGCGCUGCCAGUGUUAGCCUGGACGACCCCGAUGUGCGCAUGGCAGCUGAAGCACUAGGGGACCUUCGAGCCGACUUCAUCAACUCACCUCCCGCCCGUCACACACCUCUCCCGAGAGCCUCGCCGGCCGUUUCAAUCACGUCAAAUCCACAACUCAAGUCUGAAGAGCCCCUAUUCUCACUCCUAACAACAUCCCACCCAUUGCUCGCGACAACCAUCGAAGGUGCCACGUCGGCUUACAACAACUCCAAAAACUUCUCCCCGCGCUUCAAAUCUAGCGCCGAGUAUGUCGAAGGUUACUUGACGCCCAUUGCCAACACUGUCGGCACGGUCGGGCGGAAGACAGGUGUUGAGGGUGGUGUGCGCUGGUUCCUCGGCGCCGGUCGACGGCAUCAGUCGAACGACAUUGAAGCUGCCGACGGAGGGUCUCACAAGCGGCGCAAAGUCGAUACGGGCGAAGACUUGGCCAGGCUCAUGAUUGAUGCGCAGAGCAACGUCAUGCCCGAUGUCGACUCUCCUCGUGAUCCCUACGUGUUCAAGCACGACCGCAGACUUUCACGAGCUAGCACCAUUGAUACUCUACCGGCGUAUGACGACUACCGCUCCCCAGCCUACAGUGAAAACGAAAAAGCGGAGCGACCCACCUCAUCAAACGCGGCUUGGCAAUCUCGCCUAAUUAUGUCAACCUCCGGUCUAAGUGUUGCUAUGAGCGAUGAGAGUCUCAGGAGCCUAAAGUACUGUCUUCGAUGGUUGCGUUGGGCGAAUGAGCACAUUGGUGGGGUUAUCAAUAACCUCAAGACUACUCUUGAACAGUUUGAGAAGCCGGGCCAAGCCCAACAAGAAGAGCAGAAUGCAGUUACCAACGACGGCGACUACGUAAUGGCUGACAGCCAACCCGAGCCAAUGUCUGAGCAGGAACGUACAUUGCUAGCGGCCAAGAUCGCGUCACUCAAAGGCGACGUUCUCAAGACACUGCAGAACGUUAUCGUGACUGUUUCCAAAUACGCCGGCGGCGCUCUGCCCGAAAACGCCCGUUUGCUGGUUCGCCGUCAUCUGACUACUUUGCCGCAGCGAUUCCGCUAUGCCAGCAUGGUUGAGUCUCAACAGGGAGAGAAGAUUGGCGACCAAGAGGCGAUGCGCGAGGGUGCCCAUCGUGUGCUUGUUCUAGCUAAGGAGGGUCUCGACAUGAUGUCACAAGUCAGUGGUGUCCUUGAUGGUACCAUUGUUAGUGCCGAGGAGUGGUGCGAGAGACUUGGAAAGAAGAAGCGGGACCAACGCGAGGCUGUCCUGCCCCAAUCCCAACCUCAAGAGGGCGACGUCAAGAUUGCCCUUGUUUGA